AUGGUCACGAAGUAUAUUUCAUUGCCAAUACACGAAAGUAGCGAAAUGGCUAAAAUAAGAGUGGCAGCGGAUGUCUCGUCGAAGAAACCAAAUAUUAACGAGUUAUGCACAAAGUAUGCAAAACUGUUCACUGGAGAUGGUGAGCCGUAUGGAUUUUGUGACAAAGUUAAUCACGAAAUCCCGGUGAAGGACGAUCGAGUCAAUAUAUUUGCAACGCGUCGUGUCCUGGUGCAUUUAGAGGCUGAGGUAAAUCGACAGGCUCAGGAAAUGUUGAAAGAAGGUAUAAUUGAGGAAGCGGACAGACAAUAUAGCUCACCGGUACUCUUGGUGAAGAAACCGAAUAGAAAGUAUAGAUUUUGUGUGGACUUCAGAGAAUUGAAUAAUAUAACAGACCCGAAACGUUGUGCAAUGCCAAUAGUGGUGGAAACAUUAGAUCGUCUACAGAAUGCCAUGCUGCCUAUAAAACAGAGCGAUCGAAGCAAGACAGCAUUUACUGUACGUGAUAAACAGUAUCGAUUUAAAAGAAUGCCGUUCAGACUGGCGAGUGCACCGUUUACGUUCAGACGAUUAAUGACGCUACUGCUCAAGAAUCUAGAUAAUGUCGAGGUAUAUGGCGACGAUGUAGUUGUGCACAGCCUGACAGAAACAGAUCACGUCAAGCAUGUGAAAGCGGUCUUAAAGCGAAUUGACGAAUUUGGACUUCGAAUUAAUAAGGACAAGUCACAGAUAGCGAGAAAUAGCGUCACGUUGUUGGGACAUAAAUACCUAAUUCGAAAAGGAAGUUGUGACAGUUCCUGGGAAGGGCGGCGUUUUAGUCGGUUUGUCAAGUUCAACGAAAUAGCAGCAUCCUUAUAUAAGUUGAUGAGUAACACCAAGUUUACGUGGACUGAGACUGCCGAACAAACGUUCAACCGAAUCAAAAACAUGCUAAACGAUCGUCGAGUGACGCUCAGACUGCCUGAACCUGAGAAACCAUUUGCAGCGGCCACAGACGCAAGUGAUCAUGGUAUAGGUGCUGUGUUGAGUCAGUCUGAUAGAGUGGUGGAAUAUGCGAGUCGCGUUCUCACACCCGCCGAACAGAAGUAUUUAACGAUCGAAGUGGAGUGUUUAGCAAUCGUGUGGGCAUUAGACAAAUGGACACCGUACCUUUUAGGUAGACGAUUUCACAUUGAGACUGACAAUAAACCUCUGCAGUGGUAG